AUGAUUCGGGUUUCUGCACCGAUGUUUGUGCUGCUGCUGUUUGUACUGCAGGCUGUCGCUGUGCUGAUGGCCAACUCUGAAGACAGGUCACUUAAAAAGCGAAGAAUGUGCAUUUUCCCUAAGACGCUGAUGGAAAAUAGAGAUUACACUAAUUUAGACUACAUUGAAAAAGUUUACUCAGAAUAUGAAAAUGUUACAUACUCUCUGACAGGUGUUGGGGCAGACAAGUACCCCUUCAAUGUGUUUGUGAGCGACCCUCAUACUGGACACAUCCGUUUGACCCAAGUUCUCGACAGGGAAUUCAUCCCCUAUUAUUCUCUAACGCUUGUAAUUAAGUUUGCUAAUGGCACGAUUGCAGAAGAAAGGGAUUGGUACCUUUACCAGAUUGUAGAUGAGAAUGACAAUGCUCCAGUGUUUGGGCAAAUAAAGCCUGGUGAAGUUGAUGAGCUCAGUCCUGAAGGUAGUUUUGUGAUGAAAGUAACAGCAACUGAUGCUGAUGAACCAUGGUCUUUACGUUCUGUGAUUUCCUACACCAUCAUAAAUCAGAAUCCACCUGACGAUAUGUUUUACAUAAACAGAGAUGAUGGUUCCAUCUUUGUUAAAAACACUCUUCUGGAGAGAGAGAAAUGUGGUCAGUACAUUCUGACUGUAAAAGGCCAAGACCUAAAAGGUUUACCAGAAGGAAACACUGGAACAGGCAAUGUUACUAUAAACAUCCGUGAUGUGAACAACAACCUUCCCACUCUGGAAAAAGAGCAGUAUGAAGGAAGCAUUGAGGAGAACAUACAAGGUGUGGAGGUGAUGAGGAUCCAAGCAGAGGACCUAGAUCUGAAGGCCACAGACAACUGGAAAGCUGUCUUUAAUAUUGUCAGAGGCAAUGAAGGCGGGUAUUUCAGCAUUAAAACAGACCCCAACACCAACAAGGGCAUCUUAAUGCUUGAUAAGCCUGUGGAUUAUGAGAAUGUGAAGAACUUUGUAUUGGGGUUAACUGUAAGGAACAAGGCCCCACCUUUUUCUGGAGGAUCAUCUUGGCAAUGGGGGGGAGAAUAUAAAAUCUAUCCCAUCAAAAUCAAUGUAAAGAACCAGCCUGAGGGGCCACAUUUUGAUCCCAAAGUCAAAGCUAUAGCCAUCUCCAAGAAAGACACCUCCUUCAACAUUACAGAUGUUGUUGCUAGCAAUCCUGCAAUAGAUCGAGAUACCGGAGAACUGGCUGAGAAUGUCAGGUAUGCCAAAGGCUCAGACCCAGAUAACUGGUUGACUAUUGACCCAGAGACAGCUGAGAUCAAACUCAACAGGAUACCUGACAGGGAGUCUCCAUACCUGGUCAAUGGGACAUAUUUUGCCAAAGUACUCUGCAUUACAAAAGACACACCUGCUAAAACAGCUACUGGUACCAUAGCCAUCCAGUUGGACAAUUUUAAUGACCACUGCCCUAUCGUGACCAGUGACAUCAAGACUAUGUGCACCACUGAGAAUUCUAUUAUUGUGAAUGCUAACAAUGAGGAUGCAAAUCCUAAUGGACCUCCUUUUAAGUUUGAGAUUAUCCCAGAAAAUACUGAAGGGAAAUGGCACAUGGAGACUCUAAAUGAUACUGCGGCUAUCUUGCGGGCUCAAGACUCCAUGUGGCCGGGUACCUAUGAGGUGGAACUGGUGAUUAAAGAUCAGCAGGGAAAGGCCUGCCCAGAACCACAGAGAGUCUGGGUUCGAGUAUGCACGUGUGAGGAUGGAAUUGUGUGUGGAAAAUGGGAUGGCAAUAAUCAGCCAGUCAAAAGAGUGCAAUUAGGACCUGCAAGCAUUGGGAUAUUGGUGGUGCUGCCACUGCUGUAUCCGGAGCCUGUUCCUCCCAGUCACGCCCCUCCAGGUCUCACUGCCGUUGCCCACAUGAGCAUUGAAGUCUCCCAGUAUGACAACAUAGUCCCCAGACGGAGCACCCUCCAGCACCCCACCCAGGGAAUCCAAGAAGGCUGA